AUGAGUGUUGCAUUUAUCGAUGGCCCAAUGGUUCAAAAGUUCGUCGAUAAUUCUGAAGCAUUUGAAAAAUGCAUCGAAGAACGAUUUAACGUGUUAGACGUCAAUAAAGAUGGAGUUUUGUCACGGGAUGAGCUCCAAAACGAGAUCAAAGAUCCGUCAUCGGUUGAAUUAGAGUUGCAACCAAAAGAAGAGGUUGAUUGUCUAUACAAUGCAAUAUUUGAGAAAUUUGAUGCUGAAAAGAAAGGAACACUCGGCCGCAAAGAGUUUGGUUCGUUAAUGAAGGAAGUCAUGCAAGCCAAGGCUCAAGGUUUUGGUAAUACACCCGUAUGCAUUAUUCUUCAAGAGGAUAGUCUGCUUCAAAAGGUGGUUUAA